GAUGUAUAUAAGACCCAAGUUCAGAAAAAUAAAAAGAAAAAAAAAAACUAAAAAGAAAAUAUGAAAAAUAUCGCUCCUUCUCCCUCACCUCUCCACCAUUGCCGGUCUUCAGCUCUCUCCUCUAUCACUCACAACAGUGAGAGAACAGAGGAAGAAGAUGAGUUCAACAGAGCCACUCCAAGAAGUCGUCCGGCCUCCCAGACGCCGCUCCACCACUAUUCUCUCGGCGGCUGUGGUGGCGACGGGAUUCUUCCCAAACGCAGCACCAAGAAACGGCAGGAGUUGGCGGCUUCCGUCAACGGCGGUGGUCCGGUGUCGUGUACCAAGUGCCGGCCACAUGUUCGAGAAAAGUUCUCUGUGGUUCCGUUGGAUAGUAAUGGUGUCGCCAAGCAAAUUUUCUCAAUGGCGAGCCCUAGUGGAAUGUUGAAAUCGAUUGUGACAUCGUUGACAAGAAAAAGCCCUAAAUCUAUGAAGGAAGAAACGGAUUGGGCGGCGAGAGAAGAGAAGUGGAAGAUUGCGUUAGGGGAAAUUUCGCAUAGACUGAUUCAUGCUACGAGGAGAAGAGAUGAAGCGAUUCUUGAAGCUUCGAGGUUGAAAAAUUCCAUGGCGGAAUUGGAGAAGAAACUCAAUAAACUCGAAAUUUAUUGCCAUACCUUGAAAUCCGGACUCGAUGAAUGCGCUCCAAAUCCGCGAACACCUAAACAAGAAUUUUCAACAAACAGCGAUCCGAUUCCAGAUAAACUAAUUGCGAAUUUCUUAUCGUCAGUUUCCGAAUCGCGAUCGUCAAUGCGGCAGUUAAGUCGAUCACUGGCAAUGCAACUCCGUCACGUCGGAGGAAAAACCUACGAGAGGAUUCAAAUUCUCCUCAAAUCGAAAAGCCCUAGAACCUCACUUUUGUUCCAUCUCGAAGCGAUUAUAAACAGAGCAUUCUUCGAGGACUUUGAAUCGAUAGGGUUUCAGAAGAACUCACCGAAUCAGAUUCUAAACCCUUCGAAUCGGACUGAAUCGAACAUCGCAUCGUUCAAUCGGCUCCACCGGCUGAGUUGGGAGGAGGUUCUGAGCAAAGGAACGAGGCAUUUCAGUGAGGAGUUCAGUAGAUUCUGCGAUCGAAAGAUGAGCGACAUUGUUGCAAUACUCGAGUGGAACAGAGCCUGGCCGGAGCCGCUGCUACAGGCGUUCUUCGCGGCGGCGAAGAGCGUUUGGCUUGUUCAUCUUAUCGCCACCGCCGUUCAUCCGAGCUUGCCAAUCUUCAGAGUGGAGACCGGCGUGAAAUUCGACAGCGUUUACAUGGAGGACAUCGCCGGAGAUAAAACCAGAGAAGUAGCUCCGGCGACGGUGAGAAUCAUGGUGUCGCCGGGAUUUUAUGUGUUCGAUAAUUUGAUUAAGUGCAAGGUUCUGUGUAGGUACCACGCUAAUCUUGAUAAUUAG